AUAUGCAAGCCCAAAUUUAUAUCAUGCGAAAAGCAAAGGUGCAAAGCGAACGAAUCCGGGCCUGGAUCGAGUUACGCAGAAUCAAAAGUCGAUGCGUGGACUUGUACUUUUAUUGGUUGAGCGAAUUGCUCCGGAUGGAGGUUAUCCCGGAAAUUUGCGCUGCUACAAUGCAUUUGAUAAUGAUCGGCAACUGUCAGUGGUUCUUGGCACGAUACGGAACUAUCAGUUAGUACUGUA